AUGCAAUAUAAUUAGUACAGCAGAAUCAAACCGCUUGGAGAGGGUGCUUAUGGCAAAGCUUAUUUGGUGAAGGAUGUAAAGGAUGGUUCAUUAUGGGUUUAAAAGUAAAUCGACAUUAAUGCGAUGACAGAAAAAGAGAAGAUCGAGACUUACAGAGAAUUUAAAGUCCUAUAAUAACUGCAGCAUCCCAACAUCAUCAAGUUCAGAGAUGUGUACAUUACGACCUAGGGGAAACUCUGCAUCAUCAUGGAGUAUGCUGAUAGAGGUGACUUGGCUUAAAUAAUUAAGAACUAAAAUGGAAAGCAACUCUCAGAGAAUUAAAUUUUGGAUUGGUUUACCCAAAUUAGUUUGGCUCUUAAGCAUGUUCACGAUCGCAAAAUCCUGCAUCGAGAUUUAAAAUGCUAGAACAUCUUCAUUACCAAAACUAAUCGCAUUAAGUUGGGGGAUUUUGGAAUUGCCCGAGUGCUGUCACACACCUUGGAGAAUGCAAAAACCUAAAUUGGAACGCCUUAUUAUCUCUCUCCAGAAAUAAUAGAAUCUAAACCUUAUUCUUACGCAAGUGAUAUAUGGUCAAUAGGUAUUGUUCUUUAUGAGAUGUGCAUGUUGAAACCCCCUUUUGAAGCUGAGAGUCUGGCCUUCCUUUGUCUAAAAAUUUGCAAAGGCAGUUUCUCCAAUAUCUCCUCCAUCUACUCAUAGGACUUAAAUGCCAUUAUCAAGUAAUUACUAUAAGCAAACCCAAACAGAAGACCAACUAUUAAUAAAAUAUUGAAACUCCCACUAAUUGUCAAAAGAAUUAAAGAAUUUCUGAGUCAAAGUAUUCAACAAAAUGAAUUCUCGCAUACCGUAUUGCAUAAUCAAGUAAAAUUAUUGUUUCAAAUCAAGAGAUUAGAUAUAGCUACCAAAAUAGAUGAAAUUAAAGUUCUUGACGAUCUACCUAAACCUCCCAGUCUAGUUAACCAACAAUCCAGUGGACCCAUCUACUAAAACCCAGUUCCUCUUGUCAAAGCUAAUAACUCUACUCCAAAUAACAUCCAAAAUACUCCGAAACCCUCCCAACCUAAAUAAGUGCAAUAACCAUAGAAACCACUAGCUUCCAAAAGAGAAAGGUCUUUUACUCCAUAAAAGAAUCAAAUAUAGAAAAAAAAUAAUAUCUAAGUCUCAAAAAACAAUCCCAUUAUUAAUCUUGCUAAAGUUGACAAUAAAAAGAAAGUAGAUCAAGUACAAUCAACCAACCAAAUUCCAUAAACUAAAAGAGAUUCGCAACUUGAUCAAAAUCCCAAAAAGUCUAAAUUAGCCAACAAUGUUAGUUCACCCUCAUUGUAAUAAAAAUAACCAAUUUAAAAACCAUUAUUAUAACAAUAGCCUUCCCAAUAAUAGUUAAAAUAACAAUAACCUUAGUAAAAAAUCGAAAGUUUUGAAAAUAUAAAUGAAUAUGAUGACACAGAAUAAGAUGAAGUACAAAUGGACUAUGGAAUUAAAUUUGAUUAAUCUGAUGAUAAAAAUGCUAGUGAAGAUGCCAAAAUCUUCGCAAAAAUGGAAGAAGCUCUAAUUGAAAAAGAAGAUGUUGAUGAAUAAUUUGAACAAACUAAGAAAAGAAUAAUGGAAAGCGAAGGCUAAGCCGAUAUUCUAGUUGAAGAAGAAGAAUAAGAGGUAUAAGACAGUGUAAAACCUGUAAGUGAGUCAAGUCAAUUAUCCUUCCUUGGAAAAUCUAAUGGAGUACUUCAAUUAAGGACAUUAUUAGAAUAGGUAUUAGGAGCCAAUAAAACACAAUAAGCCUUCAAAAUAUUAUUAAAUGAAUUGAAUACAAAACCAUUAGAGGAUGUUGAAAAACAUGGGUAAAACUACUACCAGAAAUUGCUACCCUUUUUAUCUUUAGAAGAACGCAAGAAUUUUGUCCCGCUUCUUUUUUAACUAAUAGUGUUAACAUAAUGA